AUGUUCCUAGAUUCGUUUAAUGAAAAUUGUGGAUUAUCAUCCAAAUAUAAUCGGAUUUUGUGGAGUCAAAAAAUUUAUUCGCUUAUUCUUGAAUAUGCAAAUGGUGGAACCUUAGGAAAAUAUUUACGAGACAAUGUUAAAACUUUCAAGUGUAAAUGGGAAAGUCAAUUGAAAUUUGCACAUGAUAUUGCAAGUGCUGUAUCAUGCUUACAUGAUAAUAAAAUUAUACAUCGAGACCUUGUUAAAAUUCUUGAAGGUGAAAGAGUAAAGCCUAUUUCGACCACAAAUGGUAAAUUCGUUAAUCUUUAUCAAAGAUGUUGGAAACAUGAACCAGAUGAGAGACCAGAUAUUUAUCAAGUAAUUUCGGAACUUAAUAGUGUAACCGAUUCUAAUUCUGAAGAAAGUGUAAGAACUGAAGAAACAGAAAAUGAUGAGAGGGAAGAUCACUUCUUCGAUUGUGAUAUAGCUAGAUACUGUAUGAAUUCAAAUGUAUAG